CAUCCAUUUUUUGUGCAUUCAAGAAAUCUCUUGGAGUUAGCAGCGGCGGCAGCAUCCAGGAGAGGGUCGCGGGGAAGGCGUCUGCCGAUUACCGCAAUAAGGGAUCGCGCGCCCCACCAUUGGACGAUGCGCGAGAGCUCUCCGCAAGCGGCAGCAGCCAUGGGUUAGACUGCAUUCACCAUGAUUUCGAAAUAAAAGCAUCAUCUACACCUGAAAUGUCAGCUCGGGGGGCCCCGGCCGCGUCCCCUGCGGCCCCCGCUCCGCCGGACCUGAGCCACCUCACCGAGGAGGAGAGGAAGAUCAUCCUCUCGGUCAUGGAGCGACAGAAGAAAGAGGAGGAGAAGGAGCAGUCCAUGCUGAAGAAGCUGCACCAGCAGUUUGAGAUGUACAAGGACCAGGUGAAGAAGAUCGGAGAGGAGGCUCCGAAGAACCCCGAGCAGAAGGCAGACUCGCCCAUCUGUGGGAUCUGCCACAAAACCAAGUUUGCUGAUGGCUGCGGCCGCGUCUGUUCUUAUUGCCAAACCAAGUUCUGCGCGCGCUGUGGAGGACGCGUCUCCCUCCGCUCCAACAGAGUAAUGUGGGUAUGCAACCUGUGCCGAAAACAACAAGAAAUCCUCACAAAGUCGGGAGCAUGGUUCUACAGCAGUCCUGAGGGCUCCAGAUCGGGGCCCCAAGCCAAAGUGAGGGGAGGCCCAGCCGGAGCCAACCAGGACCCUCUCAGAAACGGUUCAGGGAUCCCAGACAGAAACAGAAGCCCAUCAGGAUCCAGGGACCCCAACGCAGCAUAUAACCAAAGGGAGGGAGAAGGAGGACUGCAGUAUGCCCCGGCUGAAGGUGGCAUGCCCCGCUCUCCGUCCGACUACGGACGUGAUCCUGGCCAUUCGCCGAGGAGUUCAAGAAUGUACAAUGAGCUGGGCAGUUAUCAAGACAGUCAAGGACGCUGGCACUCUCAAGGCCAGCGUUUGGAUGGCAAGCUAGAGGACUAUGAACUCCAAAGACGCCGUGAGGAGGAAUACCAGGCCCGAUACCGCAGCGACCCCAAUCUGGCGCGCUACCCAGUCAAACCCCAGCCCUACGAGGAGCAGAUGCGCAUCCAUGCCCAGGUGUCACGGGCUCGGCACGAGCGGCGUCAUAGUGACGUCUCGCUCGCCUAUACAGAACUUGACGAGCCUCUGCAUGGGCCUGGUGGACGGCAGUCACGCCUCCCUCUGGUGGGAGGCCCAAGUCAACGCUCGUACUCCAUGGACAGGAGCUCAACGGGACAUCGGAUGUCAAAUCAUAGCCCACCAACACCACGUCGCAGCCCUGUGUUGGGCGACAGCCGCCGAGGACUGGCGGAGCCAACGAGGAAACCCAUACUCCAACAGCACCACUUGGACCCUAGCUCAGCUAUGCACAGGAACAAACGGGACAAAAUGGAUAGCAUGCUACGAAACGACUCUCUAAGCUCAGACCAGUCUGAGUCGGUUCGGCCUCCUCCACCUCGACCACACCGCAGCAAACGCCUAGGCAAGCUCCGAACCAUGGGCAGCUUCAGCAGCUCAGAGGAGGAGUUGGCCACCACGCCAGAGUACACAAGCUGUGAGGACGUGGAGCUGGAGAGCGAAUCCAUCAGCGAAAAAGGCAACAUUCAAAGGGGAAAAAGAAAAACAAAUGAGCAGGCACAUUUUUUGGACGUCAAUUACGCCCCGUCUGAGAGGCGAAAGACAGUGGUGCGAUUUUGGCAGUGCAGCUAUGAUGAAGACGCGGAGUGGUGCCAGCCACAGGUCAAAGAUUCAGGGGUUGACACGUGCAGUAGCACCACACUUAACGAGGAGCAUAGCCAUAGUGACAAGCACCCGGUGACAUGGCAACCAUCCAAAGAUGGAGAGCGCCUAAUAGGGCGGAUAGUGCUAAACAAGCGGAUGAAAGAUGGCACGGUGCCCAGAGACACAGGGGCACUGCUGGGCCUCAAGGUGGUGGGAGGGAAGAUGACAGAGUCUGGCAGACUUUGUGCUUUCAUUACGAAGGUGAAGAGAGGAAGUCUAGCAGACACUGUCGGCCAUCUUCGACCAGGCGAUCAGGUCCUGGAGUGGAACGGGAGGGUCUUACAAGGAGCCACGUUCAAGGAAGUUUACAAUAUCAUUCUAGAAUCCAAGCCAGAGGCGCAGGUGGAGCUGGUGGUCUCACGGCCCAUCGGAGAUGUCCCUAGAAUACCAGAGAGCACACAUGGACAGCUUGAAUCAAGUUCAAGUUCCUUUGAAUCUCAAAAGAUGGGCCCGUCCAUCUCUGUCACGUCCCCCAUGAGUCCUGGCGUGCUCCGGGACAACCCUCAGUAUGUGUCCGGACAGCUCUCGAGUCCAUGCCUUAGUAGAAGAACCACGCCUUUUGUCCCUAGGGUCCAGGUCAAGCUGUGGUACGAUAAAGCAGGACAUCAGCUCAUCGUCACUAUCCUGGGCGCCAAAGACCUGCCUUCACAAGAAGACGGGCGACCUAGGAAUCCAUACGUCAAAAUCUACUUCCUCCCCGACAGAAGCGACAAAAGCAAGAGGAGAACGAAAACGGUGAAGAAAUCUCUGGAGCCCAAGUGGAGCCAGACGUUCAUGUACUCACCGGUGCACAGACGAGAGUUCAGGGAGCGCAUGCUGGAGAUCACGGUGUGGGACCAGGCCAGAGUCCGAGAGGAGGAGAGCGAGUUCCUGGGAGAGAUUCUGAUUGAGCUGGAGACAGCGCUGGUGGACGAUCAGCCUCACUGGUAUAAGCUUCAAACACACGACCUGUCCUCGAUGCCUCUGCCGAACCCCUCGCCCUACAUGCAGAGACGUCUCCUACACGGAGAGAGCCCCACACGCAGGCUACAGAACAAAGGCCCGUAUUUUUACAACUCAGGGUCACAGAGAAUCAGUGACGGCGAGUUCUCUGAUUACGACUGUGAAGACGGGAUUGGUGUUAUCUCAGAUUACCGGCACAAUGGCAGGGAUUUCCAGAGCUCCACUCUGUCUGUCCCGGAGCAGGUGAUGUCAUCCAAUCACUGUUCCCGAUCGGACAUGACCCGCACACGCUCGCGCUCACCCAGUGUCCCUCCACCACAAAGUCGAAGUUUAGACCACGGUGUGAGAGGACGACCCUCGCAGUAUGGCCCCCGACAUCGCCUGUCUGAAGACAGAUACUCACCAGACAGCCAGUAUCUUACCCUCCCUCCUCGAACCAGACACAGACAGCCAAGCGUCGACCCCGUUAUCCAGGACCCCAGCAUGCACCCCCUCUAUCGGGAGGACGCGGUCAGGUUACUGCGCUCCACUAGGAUGGCCCGUGCCUGCUCAGACGGAGCUUACGAUAGCUUGGACAGGAGGAUGAGGAGAGAUAGACAAAUGUCUGCCUACAGUGACUCAUUUGAAUCUCCUGAGAGAUAUUACAAUGGGCCCAAUCAUGUAUCUACUCCGUGGCCCAAUCAUGUCAUGAAUGGAACCAGUGGUGACAGCAGUAGGACGUGCCCCAGGAUAGAAAUUGAGCCUUCCACAGAUACAGAAAGAGAUGACAAUAUCCCAGAGUUCCUAGCUAACCGUGAGCACUUUGAGGAAGAUCUGAGGGCAAGCAUCCGAACCGGAUCGGUCCAAACAAGUCCCACCAGUACGCCAGUAUCGAGUCGAAGAGGUCGGCAGCUACCGCAAGUCCCACCAAAGGGCUCUAUGGACAGAAAAGAUGGCGAGGGUAUUACUGAGCCUUUUGAAGUGGUGGGAGGGGCUUCACAACCACUGGCUCCGCCCCCUCCACCUCCACAAGCCACACAAGCAAUGGCUGCUCAUGUCGGGAUGGAGUCUCCUGUCUUGAGCCCCAACACCACCUAUGCCCCCAUGCCUCCUCCUGCACAUGCUCCUCCCUCUCCUGCACAUGCCCAUCUGCCACCUUCAGUUGCCACUCCCCCACCCACACAUGCCCCUCCCUCUCCAGCACAUGCCCCUCCCCCUCCAGCCCCUCCCCCUCCUCCUCCGCCCGCUGCUCCAUCAUCAGCUUCACCUCUUGUCCAACAGGCUUCUGUGACAGAAUCCCAGGAAAAGCCUGUAGCUCCCCCUGCUGUCAAUGGGAGGAAAGAGGUCACAUGGGAGGACCAGCAGAAGAAAGCUCCUGCUGUAGUGUCAGAGUCCACAGUGUCAGAGAACGAAGAUGCAGGCACUUUGAAGGAUCCAUCAAGGCGUGGGAUGGACAGUCUCUCCAUGAGGUCGUCGGACAGUGAUGUAAGCGACGUGUCCGCUAUGUCGAGCGCGUCUCGGCUCAGCAGCACGAGCCACAUGUCUGUCCAGUCAGAAAGGGUGCGAGCGGGCCGCAGGAUCAGUGAGUUUACAUCUAAAAUGAAACACAGGGCUCAGACGGCCACCCCGGGGUCCAACAUCACCAAGAGCUCCAGUGUGGGUGGAGACAUGUGCUCGCUGGGCAGGAACGACGACGAGGACGAGGACGACAAGAAGCGGCGCUCCAGCUUCGGAGCCAAGAUGGCGGCCAUGGUGGGCCUGGGGAAGAAGAGUCAGAGCACCUCCCAGCUGGACCCAGAGCAGGAGGGUAAGAAGAAGAAGCCGGUGCGUCUGGCGAUCCAGCGGAGUGUAGAGACUGGUUUAGCCGUGGAGAUGAAGAGCAGGAUGACACGGCAGCCCAGCCGUGAGACCACAGAUGAUGGUGAAAAGGUGAAACCUGGAAAUCUGAUUUUCCCUGGAGUGAAGAUCUCUUCAGACAGCCAGUUCACUGAGUUUUUGGAUGGUCUUGGCCCCGCCCAGCUGGCCGGGAGACAGACAUUGGCCACGCCUCCAAUGGGUGACAUCCAGAUCGGUAUGGUGCACAGGAAGGAGAGGCUGGAUGUUGAAGUUAUUCGGGCUCGAGGCCUGGUGGGCAAACCAGGGAACAAACAGACGCCAGCACCUUAUGUAAAAGUAUAUCUGCUGGAAAAUGGGAAGUGCAUCAACAAAAAGAAAACCCGGACGGCACGGAAAACACUGGAUCCUCUUUAUCAACAGCAGCUUCAGUUUGAGGAGAAUCCUGAAGGAAAGGUUUUACAGAUCAUUGUUUGGGGGGACUAUGGACGCAUGGACCACAAAUCCUUCAUGGGAGCCGCCCAGAUCCUGUUAGACGAUUUAGAGCUGACCAACAUGGUGAUUGGCUGGUACAAGCUCUUCCCUCCCACCUCAUUAGUGGACCCAACCUUGGCACCUUUAAGUAGUAAACCUCCAGGUUCAAGCCUGGACAGUUCUAAUGUUCGGUCGUAGCGGCACGAGGAGGAGAGCGGUAGAGAGCGGCGUGAGUAGCUCCAGCUACAGACAGAGAGGAGACGGUCUGGACAGGACACGUCCUGGUCACACUGCAUGCUUGAUGUUGUGUCCUCUGAGCCCAUGCGAUCAGAGGUUAAGAAAAGGCCUACGUCCUUCUGCCAAAAAAAAUUACUGAAAAGAAAAAGUAUGCUGCCGUCACACACAGGGAACGCACGACAGUGGAUGUCUCUCCGUUCAGCUGAAGAGAUGCAGCCAGGGAUUCAGUGGAGUCUGACUCUUAACUGUAGGACGUUAAGAGUGCUGAUUUCCACCGGACGUUAUACUCUGCCCGUUUUCUCUCUGUUGAAUUCAGAGAGAUGUCAGUGUUUCUUACCCACAACUUGAUUCAUUGUAGCCAUUACUGUAAGCCAAGCUGUCAAAAGAAGAUCCAUAAAGAGAGAAGCACUUGGCUAAGAUGGGACAGGAAAGGGUACCCUCAGAGAGAUGACGUUCUCGUGGGAAUGACCCUACAUCAAGCCAGAUCUCCCCUGGAUCGCUCUUCAAACUUCGGUGAUGAGGAAAUGGAUAUGGCCAGAGUUCCUGUUUGAUUCAGGAAAAAAAUAAAUAAUUAAAUAAUUAAAUAAUGGACCUUUUUGUGCUCCGGUAUGAUGUUCUCUUUGUUGAUGUACUGUAUGAAUCUUAUGUUUGUUUCAGUUUUUUUGUUUGUUUGUUUUUGUUUUUUUUGCAUGGAUGCAAAGUUGUUUUAAAAAAAAAAACUGUAUGUUUAUUUUCCUCGAGACUUGCAAAAAAAAAAAAAAAAAAAGAAAGAAAGAGAGGAAGAAACUUACUUAAGGAUGACCAGAUCAGCCAUUUUCAACUAUUUGUAUCAUUUUUAAUAUGAAAUUCUCUAGUGCAUGAUUUUCAAAGAGACUGAAUGCAAAAUGAUAACGAUGUGAUUGUCAUCCUUUAGAAUAUUUUUCUGUAUUUUUACAGAUCUCGGUUACAGGUGUGGUCUGGUGAUCUCAUAUUAUUAAUGGAGAAAAAAAAAAUGCAAGGGAUGGCCGAGAAAAACAAUAAAUGUAUAAUAUUGAUUUUGCUAUAAAAACGAACAUGAAAAUUGUACAUUCCUCCCUUCAGAAGCAGCCAUAAGUCUUUGUUGAUGUGGAGACGGAGCUGUAGAUUAUCGUAUGGGUCUGUCAUGAUUCCACUAGGAUGGAAUAUUCAUUCAAAGCAAGCAUGUUGAAAAGGGUCUGCAACAUGGAUUGAGCACACUGUCUGAGUAAUACAGCAUGUUUUAAUAGAGACAUCUGGGAAUUAUUUCCAGUUUUGUGUACAGUGCAUGUGGACCAAGGCUCGGCCAUCCACCGUAUCUAGCGUCGUCCACAGAUUCAGGUCAGGGUUGAGCUUUCGUGGCUGACGGUUCAGACAUUUAACGCAACAUUCCACCUCUUGGCAGUCAUCUUUUCUUGAAGUUUUGAAAAGAAUAAAAAAUCAAACAGAUAAAAAAAAAAAAUGCUGAAAAAUGUUAAGAACAUUUAUAUUUAUUCAAGGUUGACUUGGAAAAAAAUUUGCAAGUAUAUUUUAUUUUAUUAUUGUUAUAAAGAAAAUCCCGUCGGAUGGUCUCUGAACUCAGUGGACUGGACAAUGUUCAUUCUCGUCAUGUUGUUCAACGCGACAGACACUGGUUGUCAAAAGAGGAGUAAGUCACAGUUUGUGGAGAUGAGAAAAUUGCCACACAAUAUACAUUUUUAAUUGUUUCUUGUUUUGAGAGAAUAAAAUUCAUUUAUUAA